AAGUCUCGAUACAACGCUUCAUGAACCAAUUCAACGAAUCUGACUCGACGCUAAAUUUCAGAGAUGAGGGACACACAAAGUUUCGACUAAUUUUAUAAUUAUCGGCAUAAUCUGCUUGAAGCCAUGACGACGAUUAAAGACGGCGAGUACACGGCGACUGUUUAUAACCUGAUCAGAGAUGGCCAGUAUGGAGAUGUAAUUCAGAUCCUAAACAGACAACUUCAGAAAAACACAAAGUCCAGGGCUGCACUGUCUCUGCUGGGUUACUGCUACUAUCACAUCCAGGAUUUUGGCAGUGCGGCAGAGUGCUACGAGCAGCUCACCCAGCUGUACCCAGAGGUGGAGGAGUACAGGGUGUACUAUGCCCAGUCGCUCUACAAGGCUGGGGCCUAUCCUGAGGCCAUGAAGGCCACCUUCAUGCUGGAUAACAGCAGCAGUCACACACAGAUGGUCAAGCUGCAAGCUUCUAUCAAAUAUUGUGAGGAAAACUAUUCUGCUGCCAAGGCGCUGAUUGAGCAGCUUCCACAGGAUGACCCAGACUACAUCUACAACAUGGGAUGUUUGCUUUACCAGGAACAAAAGUAUGAAGAAGCUUGCAAGAAGUUUAUAACUGCCAUGCAAGUGCUGGGAUACCAACCAGCACUAUCCUACAACAUAGCUUUGUGUUACUACAACCUGAGGAACUACAGUCAGGUCAACAAAUACAGCCAGGAGAUCAUAGAUCGAGGCAUCAUGGAACAUCCAGAGUUGAAUGUAGGCAUGCAGACUGAUGGCGUUGACAUGCACAGCGUGGGGAACACUUUGGUACUGCAUGAGUCGGCCCUGAUUGAAGCCCUCAACCUCCAAGCUGCAGCUCAAUACCAGCUUAAGAACAUGAAGGUAGCUCAGCAGGCUUUGGCAGACAUGCCGCCCCGAACUGAGAAGGAGCUGGAUCCAGUGACUCUCCACAACCAGGCUCUCAUGAACAUGGACACGAAACCUACUGAGGGUUUUGAGAAGCUGACCUUUCUUCUGCAGCAGGACUCCUUCCCCCCUGUCACCUUUGGAAACUUGCUGCUUCUCUACUGCAAAUAUGAGUACUUUGACCUGGCGGCUGAUGUCCUUGCUGAGAACUCUCAGCUCACCCAUAAAUUACUUUCUGAGGACUUGUGUAAAUUUCUUGAAGCAUUACUGACCUGCCAGACAGCCCCUGAAGAGGCAUUGAAGAAGUUUAGAGAGAUGAACGUCAAACUGACAGAGGAGUUGAGAAAACUGUACAAGCAGAUGCAGGAUGCCAGACUGUCUUGUAAUGAUGAAGCUCACAAAAAAGCACUGCAGGACUAUGACCAGGUGUUUGAGAAGUACCUUGCAGUUCUGAUGGCUGAGGCCAAAAUCGACUGGAAUCGUGAAAACUACCAGAAGGUUGAGAAGUUUUUCCAUGAUUCGAAGGACAUCUGCAACAACCACGACACCUGGAAGCUGAACGUGGCCCACGUGCUCUUCAUGCAAAACAAAUAUGCAGUGGCUAUUGGCUAUUAUGAACCCAUCGUCAAGAAGCACUAUGAAAACAUCCUCAGUGUCAGUGCUGUGGUCCUCGCCAACCUGUGUGUGUCCUACAUCAUGAUCAGCCGUAAUGUAGAGGCUGAAGAGUUGAUGAAGAAGAUUGAGAAAGAGGAGGAGAAACUCUCCUAUGACAAACCAGACCAGAAGGUUUUCCACCACUGCAUCGUUAACCUGGUCAUUGGAACGCUAUAUUGUUCCAAGGGGAACUACGACUUUGGAAUCUCUCGUAUCAUAAAGAGCCUGGAGCCUUACAAUAAGAAGCUGGGAACAGACACGUGGUUCUACGCCAAGCGUUGCUUCCUGUCGCUGCUGGAGAAUGUGGCCAAACAGCUGAUCAUGGUGACGGAUGCUGUGGUGCAGGAGUGCAUUCAGUUCCUGGAGCACUGUGAAGUGUACGGUAAGGAGGUACCAGCCAUCAUUGAACAGCCGCUGGAGGACGACCACCUUCACAUCGGGAAGAACACCGUCACCUACGAAGCACGAGUGCUCAAGGCCCUUUUCUGUGAGGUCACUGGCUGGAACAUGUGACAUCAUCAUUAUCAACACACUGGUGUGACUUUGACUUUUCACACACUGCAGGAAGUUUGUGAGAAUGUGUUUAAUGUUGAUGGGUUACAGUGAACAAAACAUGAAUGGAGACGGACGUUUUAGCACAACAGAAACGCACACAGCUUUUACUUUGAGGUUCAGUAAUGUCAGGAGGUAUUUUCCAAACAUGUUCCAUAAUUAGCUUGUGUUCUUUUCACUUUCCAACCAGUGGAUCAAGUACAAGCUAAUACCUGUGUGACAAAGACUACAAUGCUGAAAUUUGUACUUUCUUCUUUUGAGUCCACUUUUCUUACUGUUGGAUAAAAGUAGAUUUGAAGUAUAUUUAUCUGUGGCACUAUGAGCUGUUAUACAGGAUUAAAAUGUACUUUUGUUACACU